UGCAUGAGAUACCAUUGCGUCAGAAUUUAGCAAUGCUAAGCGGCACAGCAGGGGAUGCUGCAGAGCGGGAUGGCCGGAGUUACGAUAAGAGGGACAACCGCAAGAGGUCCGGUAAGCCGAAAGUCAAGACUGGGUGCAUAACAUGCAAGAUUCGACGCAUAAAGUGCGAUGAAGGCCGUCCUAGCUGUCUACGGUGCACAUCAACCGGUCGGAAAUGUGAUGGUUAUAUCGAACGCUCUCCGUCCCCUAAAGGACAGUCUCCUUCGCGGAGGUCGUCAACCGACACCUCGGUAGUCAGAUCUCAUAGAGCAAUUCUACCACGUAUUGUGAGGCAGAUCAGUCCAGACAUUCAAGGGACAGAACACGAGCGCUUGUAUUUCCAUCGCUUUCGAAAUGAGGCACUGAGAGGCCUCGCUCUCCAUGCAGCCAAUGUGGGCUCUUUAUGGGAGCGUCUGGUGCCGCGUAUCGCGCACUAUAACGAUGCUGUUAGGCAUGCGCUCAUAGCGCUGGGAUCGGCGUAUGAGUUGCAACAGCGACGCGCAUCAUCAACGACCAUUUCUGAUGUGUUCCAGCUCGAGGUCUUCACCCUCCAGCAGUACAAUAUGGCGAUCCAAUCACUCCGUACACAUUUACUCUCACCGUCUGACGACCACGUUGGGAUCACAUUGUUAUGUAGUCUCAUCUUCACUUCCCUAGAAACAUUUCGCCAGAACCCCGAAACUGCUAUUACCCACUUCUCUAGCGGGACUCGAGUCAUUGAGCAAUUACCGAAUAGUGUAUUGAACGAUAUUAUGUCAACUGCAGGAUCAUCUUCCGGGAGUUUCGACGGCCCGAUUUCGAGAGCUGAACUCCGGGAGUUUAUUUCUUUCUACCAAGAAUUUGAGCUUGGGACGAGAGUCCACGGUGUGCCGGCCAGACCAACCUUGUCACUACGCUUGCGCGAUGUGACCCAAGAAGACGACGGGCCGUGGGAGGACUACAGAAGCUUGAACGAAUGUCAUGCACAUUUUCACACAUGGGCGCAUCACGUGUAUGCAAGGAUGUGGGAGACCCGAUCACAUAAGGACGACUUCACGUUUUGGUCCCAACCUGAGCAGAGAGGCUCGCAAGCCCGUCUCAUUAAUCAAGGACGCCGGGUCGUAGCUAUGACAGACCGUUUUAUGUCAAGCCCAUUCGCGCCAGACCGCGAAGAAGAUAAGGCUGGUUACAUUUCCGGACUCCUGGACAAGAUGCACGGACGAGGAGUCCUGUUGACAGCCCAGUGUAUGCCUAAAAGCUAUACUCGAAGGGAAUUAAGACACUUCGAUCCUCUUUGGCGCGAGGUCUUGACGAUAAUUGAAGAUAUCAUCAAUUUAAUCGAGGAUCAAAAUCAUGUUCCGGAUGGGAGAGGAGGCACUUCAGCGAGUAAUCAACGAGGCCCUCUCAUCACGCUCGAUUCCGGCAUUCUGAUUGGGUUUCACGUGACCCUUUAUGCCACUGGGGACCGAGAUAUUAGAAGGCGAGCUAUGGGCCUUUUACGACGUAUAAGAAAUAAGCGCGAGGGACUUUAUGAUGCGACCGAGCUCCUGAAAGUCUUUGAGGCACUUGGGGCAGAUGGACAAGGUACUUACGCCGACCAGCUGCUUCUAGAUGAUCCUGCUGGACCAGGUCUUGGUGGGUUGGAUGGUCCUUUAGGGCUUGAGAAUAGGCUCGCGGCAUUAAGUCUGAGCGAAGGACGCAAGAAAACUCCUGGUAAUACUUGACGUUGCUCAAACUCAUAAUAUAUUUCGGAUGCGCCGCUCUCUUGUUCUAGGCGAUGGGUGCGCUUCAUCUCGCAUAGAGAUUGGAGCAUAGAAUAGCGACAUCUCGAAUACUAACUCGAUGUCCUUUAUGCAGCGGUCGAGUGCCAAUAUUAGUAAAAAGGUGCAUCAAUAUCCUCAACCAAUCACAAUAUGAUCGUGUUACCUGGAUAUAUUUUCCUCUUGAAUUAGAUCGAUAAGCUCAUAGUCCGAAUAAACUGUGAUGAACGCCGGGUUGAUCUACAUUUGACCAGCUUUAUCACCAGACGCAAGCACAGAAUCGAUGGAAUGCGUAGUUUCACGGUGAUGUCUACGAAUGGGCUCAUGUGGAAGUGAUUAAACCAUUA